AUGGCUCCUGAAACCUUUUACUUUGGCCAACCGUGCCUAGAAAACGGCACCGUGAUUCUCAAGCCUUUCGACCCAAACAUUCAUGUAUCGCAGUUUGUCCAGUCUAUCAAGGACAAUCCAGAGAGUUUCAAUCUCACACAACUUCCCCCCUCAAAGACGGAGGAUGAAUUCGUCGACUUCUACAACACAACCUUUAAGAGGCCGAAAAACUGCCUCUACGCAAUCUACUACAAGGAAACGUCGCCUGAUGGACCCGAACCUCCAAGUACUUACGCUGGAACGAUUGCACUGGCCGGUACUAGCAAACAGGACGCCGCCACAGAACUUGGCAUACUCUUGUUCCCAAGUUUCCGGAAGAAGCAUAUUGCAACGAAUGCUGUCGGACUCAUGUUGCUCUGGCUGCUUGAUCCGCCUUCUGCUGGUGGACUGGGUUUCAGGCGCGUCGAGUGGCAAGCUAAUGUUGAGAAUUCGUCUUCUCGUAAACUUGCUCUCCGUCUGGGUUUUGAGCUCGAAGGCAUCAAGAGGUGGGCUCGUGUCGUUACAGACUGUGAGGUGUCGGUGUCGGCGGAUGCACUUGCGGAGAGGAACGGUACUGUGAAGGAACUUCCUGGGAGGCAUACGGCCAUCUAUUCGAUUGUAUGGGAUGAAUGGAGUGAGAAGCGUCCUGCUAUUGUGUCGCUGGUUGGAGAAUUGAAGAUGACAUGCCAGUCAUGA